CCUCACAUGACGGCCCCGCGGCCGCGCCAUGGCGGAAGCUGAGGAGAAGGAAACCAGGUCUAAUGAGGAGUCAACAGAUGAAUCUGAGGAAGAUGAGAGUGAAGAAGAACCCAAGCUGAAGUAUGAACGGCUUUCUAAUGGAGUGACUGAAAUUCUCCAGAAGGAUGCAGCCAGCUGCAUGACAGUGCAUGAAAAGUUUUUGGCACUGGGAACGCAUUAUGGCAAAGUUUAUUUACUGGAUGUCCAGGGGAACAUCACACAGAAGUUUGAUGUUAGUCCAGUGAAGAUAAAUCAGAUCAGCCUGGAUGAAAGUGGAGAGCACAUGGGUGUUUGCUCAGAAGAUGGCAAGGUGCAGGUGUUUGGAUUGUAUUCCGCAGAAGAGUUUCAUGAAACAUUUGACUGUCCUAUUAAAAUUGUUGCUGUUCAUCCUCAUUUCAUAAGAUCCCACUACAAGCAAUUUGUAACAGGUGGGAAAAAGUUGCUGUUAUACGAGAGAGGCUGGAUGAACAGAUGGAAGCCUUCAGUUUUACAUGAAGGGGAAGGAAAUAUAAGAAAUGUAAAAUGGAGAGGACACUUAAUUGCUUGGGCUAAUAAUAUGGGCGUGAAGAUACUUGACAUGAUCUCCAAGCAAAGAAUUACCAAUGUGCCUCGAGAUGACAUAAGCCUUCGCCCAGAUAUGUAUCCCUGCAGCCUUUGCUGGAAGGAUAAUUUAACGCUGAUUAUUGGCUGGGGAAAUUCAGUAAAGGUUUGCUCAGUAAAAGAACGGCAUGCCAGUGAAAUGCGUGACCUUCCAAACCGCUAUGUGGAAAUAGUUUUCCAGUUUGACACUGAGUUCUAUAUCAGUGGGCUUGCCCCUCUCUGCGACCAGCUUGUUAUACUUUCAUAUGUGAAGGAGGUUUCCGAAAAAACGGAAAUGGAGUGUUGUGCAAGGCCUAGACUGGAUAUUGUACAACCCCUACCUGAGUCCUGUGAAGAAAUAUCUUCUGAUGCCCUAACAGUACGAGGAUUUCAGGAAAAUGAAUGUAGAGAUUAUCAUUUAGAGUAUUCGGAAGGUGAAUCACUUUUCUAUAUCAUCAGCCCAAGAGACGUGGUUGUUGCUAAAGAGCGGGACCAAGAUGACCACAUUGACUGGCUUCUUGAAAAGAAGAAAUAUGAAGAAGCUUUGAUGGCAGCUGAGAUAAGUCAGAAAACCAUAAGAAAGCACAAGAUUUUGGAUAUUGGUUUAGCCUAUAUAAAUCAUCUAGUGGAGAAAGGAGAGUAUGACCUGGCUGCUCGAAAGUGCCAGAAAAUUCUUGGCAAAAACACAGAACUCUGGGAAUUUGAAGUUUACAAGUUUAAAGAAAUAGGUCAGCUUAAGGCAAUUAGUCGUUACCUGCCCAGACGAGAUCCAGUUUUGAAACCUUUGAUCUAUGAAAUGGUCCUGCAUGAGUUCUUGGAGAGUGACUACGAGGGGUUUGCAACCCUGAUAAAAGAGUGGCCUGGAGAUCUCUACAACAACACAAUCAUAGUUCAAGCUGUAGUAGAUCACCUGAAGAAAGAUCCACAGAACAGGACUUUGCUACGAACGCUUGCAGAAUUGUACACUUAUGACCAGCGCUAUGGCAGAGCCCUCGAAAUUUACCUAACACUGAGGCACAAAGAUGUCUUCCAGUUGAUCCACAAGCACAAUCUUUUCAGUUCUAUCAGAGACAAAAUUGUUCUACUCAUGGAUUUUGAUUCAGAGAAAGCAGUAGACAUGCUUCUGGAUAACGAAGAUAAAAUUUCUAUUGACAGAGUUGUUGAAGAAUUAGAAAACAGGCCUGAGCUGCAGCACGUGUACUUGCACAAGCUUUUCAAGAGAGACCACCAUAAAGGUCAACGAUAUCAUGAGAAACAGAUCAGCCUUUAUGCAGAAUACGAUCGUCCAAAUCUACUACCAUUUCUCAGAGACAGCACACACUGUCCACUAGAGAAGGCUCUUGAGAUCUGCCAACAGAGGAACUUUGUAGAAGAGACAGUCUAUCUACUGAGCAGAAUGGGUAACAGUCGCAGUGCCUUGAAGAUGAUAAUGGAAGAAUUGCACGAUGUAGAUAAGGCUAUUGAAUUUGCCAAGGAGCAAGAUGAUGGAGAACUUUGGGAAGACCUCAUUUUAUAUUCUAUAGACAAACCACCUUUUAUUACUGGUUUGUUGAACAAUAUUGGAACCCAUGUAGAUCCCAUUCUUUUGAUCCACCGCAUUAAGGAAGGCAUGGAGAUUCCUAAUUUGAGAGACUCACUAGUGAAAAUUCUUCAGGACUACAACUUGCAGAUCUUGCUGCGGGAAGGCUGCAAAAAGAUCCUUGUUGCUGAUUCUCUUUCUCUGUUGAAGAAAAUGCAUCGAACUCAGAUGAAGGGUGUUCUAGUAGAUGAGGAGAAUAUCUGCGAAUCAUGCUUGUCUCCAAUACUUCCUUCAGAUGCAUCCAAGUCCUUCAACGUGGUGGUGUUCCACUGCAGACAUAUGUUUCACAAAGAGUGCCUCCCCGUAUCUAACACAGCAUCUUCUGUCCAGUUCUGCAACAUAUGCAGUGCCAAACAUCGAGGGCCAGGAAGCGCAAUCCUGGAGAUGAAGAAAUAGCAAUCCCCUCGUUCUCCUUGCCAGCCUGGGACACCAACUCUGUUAGGACCAUGCAGAGCCGCUGUAUUUUCUGUUAGUUGUUAUUUCUGUAUAUAAUUCUGAUUGUGAUGUAAAUCUGGUUUCUAUAAUUUAUCCAGCUUAUUGAACGUUUUCAGGAAAAAGAAAGUGUGAAAAUCUCCCUGUAGUAAGUCUUUGUUUAGCAAUUCGUGUGUCAAUGUUCCUUUGCUCAGCUCAUUACUUAACUCUAGAACAGAACAGAGAAAUAAAAUGAGAAGGGGAAAAAAAAAAAACAAAAAACAAAACAGCAAACAGCUUGGAGAUCUUUGCUUCCUAAUGUGCUUUACGGUUUGGAGCCAUAUCAGGCUUAUGGUUAUAUAUUGUAAAGAAAGAUGAAUUGCUCUGAAUUCAGCUCACCGAACUACUUUAGUCCAUGAGGAAACUGCUUCACUUGAGAGCCAUAGGAGUCUGGCUGCUUUCAGGGCUUGAAGCUGUCUAUAUGCCAACUCAUACCUUAAAUCAACAAACUUAUGACCUGUUAAUCCCACACAUUGACAAUUUACCUUGGUUGUAUGUUUGUUAUGAACUGCUUAUUUUCUCAAUUGAUCUUCACAAUGCAGUGGUUUAGAGUGGGUUUUCUCAUGUUAAACUCAGCCAGAAACUUAACUUUAAAAUGUCAGCAGUAGGUCUUUACACUUAGUUUUUUAAGUGUACGAUUGUGUUCAAGUACAGGGGAAAGAAACCACUUCUGACCUUUCAAAGAUAAGAUGUCUAGGAGUUUCUAGUUAAUAAGCUUGUUUGGGUGUAAAUGAAAAACAUUUGUAUUUAGUUUCAAGAGUGUGCUGCUUUGUUGAUCCAAAGGAAGUGAUCUUUCAGAAUGUCUUCACAGUCACAUAAUCUCUUUAUUAAAUUAAACAUAAGCACCUUUUCCCUAAGAAAAGUCUUUUUUCAGAACUCCCAAGGUAUUUUUCCCCUUUUUUAAUAACUGGAGUUUGAAAGUAAAGAAAUACAUUGUUUUACCAUCAAAUUGUGAGGUUUAAACAAGUCGUUAACAUCAUACGUUCUGAAACAACAGCAUAGUGAUCUUGCAGUGUAACUGUAAAAUUGGAAAAUGUAACACCCUUAAGUUCUUCUGCACCUUACUCCCAUGUAGGUACAUCUUAAAAUAAUGUAUAUUGUAGAAACCUGGAUUUCUAGUUUAUGUAAAUUCAUUUUACUCUUUUGAUAACCUCCCAGCAGCUGGCUGAGCUGGUCUAGCAAUCUGAAGAGUGAUUUUUGAUGUCCACUGUGUAGAUCUGUGUAAUACUGGAAUAAAAUUUGAAGUGUAUCAGAAA